GAUAAGGUUCGCCACUCUCCUCUUUCACUUGCCCGAGAAUUCAUUAUAAACUUUCGUCCCGCAUCUGAGCAGCGGAGAGUUCAUGGCCAAAAUCAUAAGCGAAAUCGGCCACCAGUUAAUCCCGUUCCCGCAAUGCCGGCCCGCCACCGUCCGCCGUACGACCGGAAUCCGAUGCUCCGUCUUCGCCACGCCGAGCCACGAAGUGAAUGCAUCUGGAGCCCGAGUCGUCCCAUGGGGCAGCGAGAUUGAAUCCCUGGAGAGCGCCUCCGCGCUUAAGAAUUGGUUGUCGGCUUCAGGCCUGCCCCCGCAGAAAUUGGAGAUCCGAAGGGUGGACGUCGGUGAGAGGGGCCUCGUCGCGCUCAAGAACAUCCGAAAGGGGGAGAAGCUCCUCUUCGUGCCGCCCUCGUUAGUUAUUACGGCCGACUCGGUAUGGAGCUGUCCAGAAGUUGGAAAUGUGUUGAAAAAAAAUUCAGUUCCAGAUUGGCCUUUGCUUGCCACCUACUUGAUAAGCGAAGCAAGUUUCAAGAGCUCAUCAAGAUGGAGUAGUUAUAUCACAGCCUUGCCUAGACAGCCUUACUCACUUUUGUACUGGACACUUACCGAGUUAGACACGUAUUUGGUUGCUUCUCAGAUAAGAGAAAGAGCAAUUGAAAGGAUUACAAAUGUCAUAGGAACGUAUGAAGAUUUAAGACUUAGGAUAUUUUCAAAGCAUCAAGACCUGUUCCCAGAGGAGGUUUAUAACAUUGAUACAUUUCUAUGGUCCUUUGGCAUUCUUUUCUCACGGUUGGUUCGCUUGCCAUCAAUGGAUGGAAAAGUUGCAUUAGUCCCAUGGGCUGACAUGCUCAAUCAUAGUCCAGAGGUUGAAACUUUCUUGGACUAUGACAAAGCAUCAAAAGGUAUAGUUUUUAUGGCUGACCAGUCAUAUCAACUAGGGGAGCAGGUUUUCAUAUCGUAUGGCAAGAAAUCCAAUGGAGAACUGUUGCUGUCUUAUGGUUUUGUGCCCAAAGAUGGUACAAAUCCAAAUGAUUCAGUUGAGUUGUCACUGAGUUUAAAGAAAUCAGACAAGUGCUACAAAGAGAAACUUGAAGCUCUAAGAAAAUAUGGCUUGCAAGUGCCUCAAAGGUUCCCAUUGCAAAUUACUGGUUGGCCAGUGGAGAUGAUGGCAUAUUCCUAUCUUGUUGUCAGCCCACCAAAUAUGAGACAAUACUUUGAAGAGAUGGCUGCUGCUGCAUCCAGUAGAGCUGCAUCUGAGACAGGAAGAAAGUACCCAGAGUUGGAAGAGCAAGCCCUUCAGUACCUUUUGGAUUGCUGUGAAUCAAGCAUAUCAAAGUACUCCAAAUUUCUACAGCUCAUCUCUAACAUUUGCACCGAGUCAAGUGGGGUCGUUAUAUGUGGAGUAGAAACGAGCACUUGUUAUUCAAAUUGA